UUACUCUGCCCAUCACUGCUGCUACUGGACGUUUUUCGCAGAGGUUGAAUAAAAUAAGUUGACUUUUCUCUGGAUGAAUACGCGCUAGUUUUGAGAGGUGACAGCAAGAAUCCGGGAACCUGAAUAUGUUCAGGACUCCAGAGUUAAUGGACGGCCUGUCCGCUCCAGAGUGGUGAAGCUCUGUAAAGUCAUUCCUGUGUUUUAUUGUGAACAUCCCAGAGGAGUCAGGACCUUGAGACACACCCCCCUCCCCCUGGACACAAUGAUGUUCAACCUUCUCCUUCUUGCAGCGGACCUGGCAGGCCUCUAAUCUUUAAAAGAUUGAUGAGGCCCUGUCCAGGCGCAGGAGGUCUGGCACAGCUUCGAUAAGGCAGCUUUCAUUUCACUACAUUGUAUUCCUCGCUCUUUUCUUUCUUCUCCUCUUGUGCUCCACGCUGACAGAAGCGGGGGCUGAUUUUGAAACUUGAGAGAGGAUCAUGACAAACCCUGGCCCCUGGGCGAGAAGGACAGCAGUCUAAGCAGGAAUCAUGAAAUGCCCUGGAAAUGACAGUUCUGUUUUCUUCUGUUGCUCCAUGUUGGACAGCCGUGUGGUAGCCGAGCAGGACGCCAGAGUCGGCAUGUCACUGUCAAACUGCUGGAGCUGGAAUAUAGUGAAACUACAGAGGGACACUCAGAGCUGAGAUUAGCUGAACACACAUCAUACACCUGCACAUACCCACACACAACCAGAGCGUUCCACACAGGACAAUGUGCAACAUCUCGUUCUGUGAUGUGGACAGUAAGGUGGACCAGUAUUUCCAGCCCACGCUCUACAUCAUAGUCAUUGUUCUGGGGCUGCCCACUAACUGCAUGGCCCUAUGGGCUGCCUACAUGCAGGUACGCCAACGAAAUGAACUUGGCAUCUAUCUGAUCAACCUGUCAGUGGCCGACCUCCUCUACAUCACCACUCUUCCCCUGUGGAUCGACUACUUCCUACAGCAUGAUGACUGGAUCCAUGGUCAGGAGAGCUGCAAGCUGUUUGGCUUCAUCUUCUACACUAAUAUCUACGUCAGCAUCGCCUUCCUCUGCUGUAUAUCACUGGACAGGUACCUGGCCGUGGCAUAUCCUCUGCGCUUUGCCAAGGUUCGACGAAUCAAAACAGCUGUCCUGGUCAGCAUCAUGGUGUGGACCAUUGAGAUCGUAGCCAAUUCUGCUCCUCUCUUCCACGAUGAGCUCUUCCAGGAUCGGUUCAACCACACCUUCUGCUUUGAGAAGUAUCCCAUGCAGGACUGGGUGGCGGGGAUGAACCUUUACAGGACAUUUCUGGGCUUCCUCGCUCCAUGGACAGCCAUGCUUGUCGCCUACCGAGGGAUCCUGGCAGCAGUGCGCUGCAACGUCUCAACAGAGCGUCAGGAAAAGGCCAAAAUUAAGCGGCUAGCAUUGAGUCUGAUCCUGAUCGUUUUGCUCUGCUUUGGGCCAUACCACAUCCUCCUCCUGGUGCGGAGUGUCAUGUUUCUAAGGAAGCCUUGUGACUGCGGCUCAGAGGAGAGCUUGUUUGCAGCGUACCAUGUAUCUUUGGCGCUGACCAGCCUUAACUGCGUUGCCGACCCCAUUUUGUACUGUUUUGUCAACGAGGGGGCUAGACACGAUGUGGGCCGAGCUCUCUCAGCUUUACUGUCUGCAGCUUGCCACAGGGGCUCCUCUUCCUCACCAUCGCAUGCGGACAUACUCAAUGCUGGUUCAGUGACUAUGGAUACACCGCUGUCAGCAAAGAAGCAACCUUGUGUGUACACUGAUGUAGGCAAGACAAGCAGCUACAAAACAGAACUGGUGGCUCUGAAGGAGGAGUGCCUACAGAUGACCAUACUCAGUGUUAGGAAGUAACCUCUACCUGGAAGCAUACUGUAAGAGGUCCAAACUUAUCAGCUCAGUGGAUGGAGGAAACUCCUAACACUGACAGGGUCUGAUGUCUUCUGGCCUGACAGGUGGAAAUCAGAUGCAUUUAUGAAGAUGUAGAUUCUUGGGGUAAAAGUUUCCACUAGCAAUUAACAAGCCAGAAUGGGGAUAAGAUUGAUGAAAUAACCACGAUGGAAUAGCCACAGUAGAAGCACCUAUAAGACUGAAAUGCUUGCAUGCUGGAAAACAAAAUUGUUGGGUAAAUUAAGAGAGACAACUUUGCUAUUGUUUGAUCCUUACCUCUAGCGGAGCAACAAAUGUAAACGGUGGCACCUGAGAACAGGCCUUGUUAUCAAUCAAAAGGGUUUAUCCUUUGUACAGUGGCCAUUUUAGGACAUCUCUGACUGACCGCUUUUCAGGCUCAGUUCUUUGAUGCUGAGUUGGUUCAACUUUAAUUACUUAAAGCUGUAGUUUAUCAGCGUUUGCACAGCUGCACUGCAUGUUUAUGUUGGCAUGUCAAUAUGCUAUCUUAUUAUUUAUCCCAGAGUACAGCUGUGGCAGAUAUGGAUUCAGUUGUUAGCUUAUAAGGACAUUUUGACCUGCUGGUGGCGCUAUAUAAAAGGUUGGGGGACUACCCCAAAGUCCUCAGGAUUCAGCCUUAAUUGACCAUGAAUGUCUACCAAUCCAUGCCCAUCCAUCCAUUAGCUGUUGAGAUAUUUCAGUCAAGUGUUGAACCAACAGAUUGACAUCUCUACAGUCAUAUCACUGGUGUGGCUAAUAAGGGCAACUUAGAUAUUUGGACAAUUGCCAGUCAGUAGGAAGACCUUUUUGAAUAUUUAAGUGGAAUUAUUUAAACUCUGCAUGACUGAGUAUUGUUAAUGGUCUGAAAGAAGACACCUUUGCAUUCAGACUGACUGUAGGAAAUUGGGGUUUGACACCGAAUGCACCACACUGAAAUAUGGAAAAAGAGCAGAAGGGUAAUAAAAAACAUUUUUAACUUAUUGGAAAUGUGUCCAUCCAUCCAUCCAUCGUCAACCGCUUAUCCUGCAUGCAGGGUCGUGGGGGGCCGGAGCCAAUCCCAGCUUAAAUCGGGCGAAAGGCAGGGUACAACCCGGACAUGUCGCCAGUCCAUCGCAGGGCUAUUGGAAAUGUGUUUACCGUUUUGUUUGUUUUUUGAAGGAAAAAAGCCUUAUGACGUACCUCAGCUCAUAAACUGUGACAGCAAAAAGGCUUAGAGUAGAACUCUCUCUUUAACUAUAGACAGCUAAAUAAUCAGGACUCCGUCCACUGAGAUGGCAGAGAAAAUCCUAAACCAAAGAAUUUUACUGCAUUAAGCUCAGUUUGAAAGUCAAAUUUACAUACAUUCUACAUUAUGUUGAGAGCAAUGUAGAGCAGAAACAGAUGAAACCGUGAAACAGUUUUACCUUUAUUGAAACUGUGUUGCCAAACAUCUCUCACACUUCACGAAACCUAACUACAUGCUUUAGUAAAGGUUGCCCGCAGAUGACAUGAUACUAUUUUUAUUCCUGUUUCAGACAGAUGCCAUCUAACAAUACUGUCCUGAAUUUCCUAAAUGAUAUACAGUAUAUUCUUUUUCAUAAAAUUGUUUCUCAUCACACACAUCAAAAGAAAACUUUUUGUUUUCCAUAACAACAUAUUUACUUCCCUUCUUCAUGUAAGUGACACUAUUAACAUUGUUUGUCAAAUUAGGAAACAAAUUUAGAAACAUUUCUCUGUAAUGUCAAAAGUGUGAUGAGGAGAUUGAGAAAUACUUUACUGCAUAUCCAUAUAAAACCUCCAGUGGUCAUAAAAAAUGUGCCAGCUGCCAUGAAUGUACGUGGCAGCAUUCAAAACAGCAAUGUGACAUUGAUUGUUUUUAAUGAUUUAUUUCAAAAUCAAUUAUAAAAAAUUUAAAGCAAGCAUGUCAUAUUUUUUAUAGUGAAACUAAUUGUUCUUAAUAAUGUAAAUAUAACUGACCAUUUUAAUCCAACAACGCUGGAUUAGCUGCCAUGUUUUGCCAUAUGUUGAUUACUUUCUGAGGUUAUUAUGUCAAGUGAGAGCUGUCAGGGCCUGGGAAAAACAGAAGAAAAGGUUCUGUGCUUUGCAUAUUUUCCUUAUUUGAUGUUACACUGAUUGUCCUUCCAGCUUUUUACAGGAAAUCCAACACAAAGUGUCCAAACAUGGCUUUUUUAGCAUUCACAGCAGCUGGGAUCCUAUAAUGUAAUGGCAGCUUCUACAACAGAACUUUCAAUACUGUACAUAAAAAUGCAGACUGGAGACGACUGUCGGAGCAGAGGCAUCUUCAACUUCUAAAAUUAAGUUUGUAGCUGUCAGCUUGAUCUUUAAACUUUCUCACAGUUUGCUUUAUGUGCAAUCAAACCUUUAAACUUUUUUUGUGAAUCAGUGGAAAUAACAUUUCAGCAAAUUGUAUGUUUACAUACAGAAUGUUCCGCUGUAUGUUCAGAUAUAUAACAAUGACAUACAUAUGUCCCUUGUGUGGAGUAUUAUGCUCAAUGCUCAAAUAACUUUCCGACAAUGAUUUCAUGAUGAGACAACAAGUGUCCAUGUUGCAGUUCCACUGGGCAACGAUUCAGUGUUGGACAAGAAAUGGAAAGUUUUGGAAAGUUUGGAAAUUUGGAAAGUGUCUAAGUGAUCACAGCAACAACAAUGUUUUAUGUUGUCUUGGCAUGAAAGCAUUCCUCUGUUCAGUGCAAUGAUGGCAGGUUUUUUUGGACACUUUCAGCUUGUCAGUGUUGCCCUAAAUGCUGCUCUGUGUACCAUUGCUUUUAUUGUGCAUCUGUCUGUCAUUUCCAGAGAGGAGGUACCAGGCUUCGUAAUGUGUAUUUGUUUAUCAACAUUGUCAGUGAAAAAUAAAUUAUGCAUACAAAACUUUG